AAUGUUGUGAAAUAAUUCGCGCAACAAGUAAUUCCUAAUUUGGAAAUGGCUCACCAUGACCCGGAAGUAAGAAAUUCAGAAAUAGAAAAUAAAAACUUUUGUCAAUUUUCAUGUUUUGCUGAUGAAAGUUAAUAUAUAGAGACUGGAUAAGGAUUGAAAGAGUUUAUUUACAUUGUUGUCAUUGUAGAGCUGAGUGGCUGCUAGGAGCCCACUAUGGGGAAUCUCCUCAAGUUAUUAUCUCGGGAGGAAAGCAAGAAGGCUGAUGAUAUCUAUACUUUCUUUGUUGAUUUUGAAAAUUGUGAGCCCACAGAGAUGGAGAAAGAGGUAUGGGAUAAAAUCAAGGCUGUUCUAGAGGAGGCUAAAGAUGUUCUGGAAGGUCUACGUCAGUAUACUGGUGCAGCUAUUUUAAUCAGGGAUGCGAUUUCACACCCAGCUGAUGAAGGAUUACAAGAGAAAGCAUGGAAUGGAGUUAUUCCCCUUGUUGAGCAGUUACGCAAAUACUACGAUUUUUCUCUAUUAUUAGAAAACAAUAUACCAUUACUACUAGAAGCUUUAUGUUCAGAUAAUAUGACAUCAAGGGAACAUCUAGAAAAGCAACAAGCUUUAUUCAAACAGUUUGCAGAGAUCCUAGACUUUGUUCUCAAAUUUGAUGAUCUCAAAAUGACCAAUCCUGUGAUACAGAAUGACUUUAGUUACUACAGACGGACAGAGAGCAGACGGAGAAUGGUUACAAGUGAUUCAACAGAAACUGAUGAGAAGGUCCCACAUGAAAUUGCCAACAGAAUGUCAUUGUUUUAUGCACAUUCAACACCCAUGUUAAAGAUGCUCAGUGACACAACUUCCUCCUUCGUUUCUCAGAACAAAAAUCUUCCAGUAGAAAAUACAACAGACUGCUUAUGUACAAUGGCAAAUAUCUGUAGAGUGAUGAUAGAAAACCCAGAGUAUUGUUCCAGAAUAAAAAAUGUAGAGACCAAGUUGUUUUGUUUACGAGUUAUGGUUGGUGUGAUUAUUUUAUAUGACCAUGUGCAUCCAGUAGGGGCAUUUGCUAAGAGUUCUGGAAUUGAUAUAAAAAGCUCAAUAAAACUUUUGAAAGAGCAAAAGGACAUGAGUUCAGAGGGAUUGUUGAAUGCUUUAAGAUAUACUACAAAACAUCUACAUGAUGAAAGUACGCCAAAGAGUGUCAAGCAGCUGCUUGACUAGAGACACUAGUGAUGUUACACAUGUACCAAAUGUUCAUCUGUUUUAUACACAUUUGUCAGCUCAUCUACACACAACUGCUUGAAUUGGAAAUGCUCCUUUCCCAUCUUGAUGUAUCAACUUUACUUAACAAAAAUACCUGGAGAUGAAUUAUGGAAAAUUUCGGCUUUACUAUGGAAAGGCACAUCUCUCUGUGGAUGUUAUCUAUUCUGGUAGAUUUCUACUUUUCAAAAAUGAAAGGAGUGCAUUAUGGGAAUUAAGCUUAAGAAGUGAUACAUCCUGUUUAAAGAUGGAGUAAAAUGUAGAAAUUUUAGCUGGACCAGAUGUUGCCUCCAAGAAAUUAAAUCAGACUGUUUAUUUGCAGUCUGUACCUCAAAAAUUCCUGUUUUUAUAAAGUUUUGGGUUGAAAGGCUCUGAAGAUAUUUAUAAAACUAUUCUAGAAAUGACCAGCAGAUGUAUUAAGUUUUAAAAGACAAAAAUAAAGUAGAUACAUGUUUAUUGAGAGAUAAAAGCAGUUAUGACAAUGGAUAAAGAUGCAUAAAUUUCAUCGUCUUCAAUUUAAAAACUUGUUUUUGAGCCUGUUCUGCUCUAGCUAGAUGUCUGCCUAAUAUUGUGAUUUGUUUUUGUCUGGCUACUUGGUGUUCACUGACCAUUAACUGACCAUCAGCUGACCAUCAGACUACAGUCUACAAUCUCAUCAUUCCAGGGUAUAUGAUACUGUUGAUUCUCAACACAACUUCUCGCCAUCACACAGUUUCAUUACCUGCACAGCUUCCACACAUUUUCUUUACAACUGUCUUUGCCAUUUAUAUUGGACUUUUAGAACCAGAGAACUCAUGCUAUAUUUACUAAAUAGUCAGAAUGAGUAUGAAUGUGUCCUUUUCAAACAAACUUUUCUACUUUGAAAAUAUCUUGUGUUUUGAUUGACAAGAUUUGAAUAGGUCUUGACUUACGGCACAUUUGUACUGCCUUGGUAAAAAUUGAAAUUAUUUGUUAUUUUAAUGGUCUGCAGUUACAUGUAAUAUUAAGAGGGAUAUAGAGGCAUGAAUUCCAAGCUGCUUGAUAUGUAAUUGUGGAAAAUCACCUCCAGAUAGUACAUGAAUACCAGUUUCUAUGUUUACAUUUCUUUAUUAUUAAAAGUCUCAGAUUAUCUCCUUUUUUUUCUACAAUUUAGAUACUGAUUUCUUGGAAAUCUCAUACUCCAAUAUGUAAACAAUGUUAUAUAUACAAUCAUGGUAUGUUAAAUUUUUCUUAUUUCGGUACUUUCUCUGCCUAGAUGUAAAUGAAAUGUAAAGAAAUGGGUGAAAGUGUAACCAUUAUUUCAGUGUUACAUCAGUUAGAAUGUCAUUUUUGAAAGGAUAAUUAGGAAUACAAAUCACCAAGGUGCUUCUUAACCCUUAGCCUGCUUGCAGCAAGUGAUUCUGUCUUUGCGACCAGUGCAGACCAAGAUCAGCCUGCACAUCCAUGCAGUCUGAUCAUAAUCUGCACUGUUCGCCAUUCAGUCAGUAUUUUUUUGGUAAGCACCUUUUUUAGGUUAAUGGUGCUGUCCAAAUUGAAAGAUGGACCAGUUCAUUAUAGAAAUUUAGUAGGGUAAGGGUUAAAAAAAUCAUGAAAUGCUGCAAUUCACAAUCGGUAUGGUGCUUGAUAUAAAAUGCAACUUGUUCAAACUUAAUUAUUAAUUUCAUGAAUUAUUAUCACUUUUGAUAUUAAUUAUAGAUUUUAAUGUUUAUCCACUGUGCAGAAAACAGUCAGAAGUCAAGGUCCAAGAUCUUGAGACUUAUUUCAAAACUCGCCUCUGAUUGGUUGAUUCAGAUUUAAAAUUUUGAAAUUGACUAAUGAUAAGGCUACAUUCUGAGACUGGUCUCCAAACUUAGUUUUAUAACCUUGGAACUGUAGCAGACAUAGUUUUGGUUGGUUGCCUUUCUUGAAAAUGAACUGGCAUCCUUUCAGGUAUAAAUUACUUUAAAAUUUGAUAAGCUGACUAUAAGAUAUAUACAUGUAAAUAAAAGCAUUCCAUUUUCUAAAAAAUGUGCAUAAUUCAUGUUCUGGGUAUAGUUUCUAUUGGAAAUUUGUAAUUUUAUGUAAAGUAAUAAAUUAGUAUUAUAGAGAGUUUAUGUUUAUAUAAUCUUCUGAAGAAAUUUUCUUGUUUUAGAGUAGCUUAUUAACAUGAUAAACUUGUUGUAUUUAACCGUUUUAAGGAAAUGGACCAGUAAUGACAUUUGGAAAUAUUUGUUCGAUUACGUAUCCUCCAUAAUAAAUAUUGCGCUUUUGACAUCCUGGGGCCGUAACAGAAAAUUACUCUUCAUAACAGCCGGAGAAUGCCUUAUUUGCGACGGAGAAAACGUAAAGUAGCAAAAAUUGCCAAUGUCAUAACGAAUCCGCUACCUUAAACAAAUCAAUAGUAAGCAGAGCAAAAUAAGGUGCAUUUUUGUUGAUGAAUGUAUUAAUUGAUAAAAACGCAUGUCAUUUUCUGGGAGACUUAGAACUUGCUUUUAGUUAGUGGGUAGCCUAAUUGGCCUGGUGAAAUUAUGACUGAAAGGACAUACUAGGGUCAGUGUUUAUUAAUGCUGUAAAAGUUGACGAGAGCAUACAGAUGAAAAUGUCAUGUUUCUGUUGUAAUGCCAAUAUUGAUGCUAGGUUCAUGUGCCAUAGAUAUUUGUUGAAAUAUUAAGUUUGUGCUAUGUCAAAAGUACUGUGUAUGUUCUGAAGGAUUUGUUACAGUAUUUUGUUGAAAUAUUUUAUAGAAAUUCUUGAAAAAGUCCAUGUUUUGAUACAUGAAAAUCUGUUUCUGAAAUGAACACAAACAAAGGUCUAGUGCCUUGAGUUGAUACUGCUUAUAAAUGUUUCAUAUUUUAUUCGGAAACUGCUGCACAAAAUGGCCUGUUUCACCUUCCUGUAGAACAGAUGUUGAAUGUAAUCAGACCUAAUCAUUCCAGAUCUCAGAAUUGUUGUAAACAAGACCUUAGCUUCUUGACUGAAAUACCUCGAAGAGGAAUAAUUAUGAAUUCAGAAGUUAAAAGGAAAGGCAAUGUUGUUGUAAUGUUCAUUCCGCCUGCCCGAUCUCCUAAUUGUUUAAGGCAGUAAAAGAAUUUUCAUAAUCUGCUUAAAUUUAGAAAGUUAUGAGCAUUUCCGUAUUUGAACAGAAUGGCAGAUCUUUUGUUUCGACGGCCUAGGAAAACAAAAUGGCAGAUAUACCGUGAAAUUAUUUAAUUUAUGGGUAUUAAAUUUUGGGUUAGUUGGCUUUUUCAUGGGGAAUUGAGUCCUUGGAUUUCUUAUUUUUUAUAUGAAAUGAAUUGAACUUUAUUUUAUUAUCUUGGAUUAAUGGAACCAAUAAAUACAGAAACAUUUUCAGCCAUGAAUAUUGAUUUUGCAGUAAUUUAUUUUAUUUAUUUCAACUGUAUUUCCUUAAUUCUGAAAAUAGUUUCUCUGCUUCCUUCAACUAGAACAAAAGAAAUUAUCGUGUGAUACAUUUUAGAUAGAUAACGCUAUAGAAAUUUAUUUAUUCAAAAGGAUAUUUGCUGUGUAAAAAAUUCUGCAGUAUAUAAAUAAUGUCAUAAACACUAAAAUGGCUGCAUCCAUGGUUUACCCAUAUCAUGCUGGACACGAUUGAUUCUGCCUUCGCGACCAGUGUAGAUCAUGAUCAGCCUGCGCAUCCGUGCAGUCUGAUCAUGAUCUGCACUGUUCACUAUUCAGCCAGUAUCUUUAUGGUAAGCACCCCUUUUAGCAGUUAAUGGUACUGUCCAAAUGAAAAGAUUGACAAGUUCAUUAUAAAAAUUUAGCAGGGCAAGGGUUAAAUUUCAGAUUGCCAUAUCUUUCUCAAAAAUGAUCCGAUUUGAAAAAUCAGUUUUAUAGUACAAUGAUGCCUUCAUAUAUAUUAUUAGUCAUUUCUUCCUUUUUAACCUUUGUUAAAAUUGAAUACUACUCAUAUGCCCCCAUAUUACCAUUGGCAUUUAUAAACCAUUAGACUAAUGAAAAUGCCAUUUUAUGUCAAAAUAAUAUAUUUAUAACACUACGUGCUCUGCGAACAAAACCAUAAAUUGAAAAAGGAGUUUCUUAAGUCAAGGAAGUUGACUGAAAACAAAGUGCUCAUAUUGAGUGAUAAAAUUCCGUGAAAUUAUUUGUUCAACAUGUAUAUAUAUCCUUGUUUUCCAGACUUUUAGAUACUUGGUUUUUGUAUAUAACAUUGUUGAUUUUAUAGAAUGGCAAGCUAUUACCUAUAUACUGUAUGUUUUGUUAAGUUUCCAGCUAUUCUCGCAUUUGUUUCUUUAUUAAAUUUUAUGAACAAAGAGUUGCAUAUUAUGCACAGAGCUACAGUAAUAUACAACUUGUUUUGAAUCUUUGUUUAUGUAACUUACUGAAAGUUUUUGUUACUUUUGAUUGUUGGCGACUGCAUUACUUUUGUUUUAUAGCUCUCCUGAAUUUUGAUCAGGGUGAGCUAUAAGUAAAGGUGGAUAGUCCUGUAUUCAUUAUGAUAUCCUGCAUCUGUCACCCUGUGUCUGUUAUCCUGCAUGAACAUUUUACGUCCAACAUCUCCCAAGAAACUGCUGGUCAGAAUAAUACUAGACCUGGUCGGUGGCAUCCUGGUAUGGAUCUCUUUCAAGUUGUCUGCUAAAGGGGUCAGUAGAGCUAAAACUAGAACAUUCACCAAUCAACCUUUAAACAAGUUCUCAUGGACAACUUGGUGGAUCUUUUACAAACAUGAUCUGUAGAAACCUUGGUUGGACCUCAGUUUUGUUAAGAUGGAAUUGUAUUUUGGCCCCAUCGCAGCAAAAUGUAGAAAAACCUUAAAAUAACUUUCAAUGAAUUGAAUGUUCACCCAGCUUGGUCAGAAGCACAUUCAAAAGGUCAAGGUCAUCCUUAGGUGGGUGACUUAGACCUAUUUGAACCUCUUGUUUUAACUAUUGCUCACAGAAUACAGAUGUUUAAAUGAUGUAUACGAUUAUUAUAGUGUGUUAGAACUACAGCGAAACACUGCUCACUUGAGCAUUGAGGGUUCUAGCACCCGGGCUCAUUCAGGCAAUUUAUAUGGUCCCUGACCAUUUCUGCUAUAUGUUUGAAUGACAUACAACAGCUGGAUAACUCGAGCACUUUGACCUCGAGUGAUUGGUGUUUUACUGCAGUUAAACAUUUGAAUGGUGUCAUAAAAAAUACACUUAAUGACCUACCAGAUGACUUUUAAGCUCUCCAGAACAAAGGAGGCAAAUACCAACAAAAAGACUGAAAUGUGUUUGUUUUACGAGUUGUUGCUGUAGGGAGGUUAAUUUACUAAUAAAUUUCAAUGAUGAGAAGUAGAUUUAGAGAGGUGUUUAUGGGAAAGGUAUUUAUGUGAAAGAGAUUUGAGGUGUUUAUGGAAAAGAGAUGUGGAGAGGUGUUUAUGGAAAGGAGAGGUGUUUAUGGAAAAGUUGUUUAUGGAAAAGAGAUGUGGGGAGAUGUUUAUGGUAAAGAGAUGUAAGAGGUGUUUAAUACUUGGAAUUUUUGUUAACAAAGUUUAGACUAGUUGUAGUUCUAGAUUUAUAAUGUCUUGUUACUUCUGAAAAGUCAGGUACUUGUUUUAUGUAUAUUAUGAUUAAUGGUGACAUUCAAAUAUGUUGCUUCAACAGUUUUAAACUCUUGUAAAUCAUUGGAGCAUGGCUUUGUGAAAACCAGUAUUAGGGCUUUGCGAGCCGCAGAGCUCCAGAUCAGUGUACAUCAAUACCGUGUGUUAAUCCCGAGAUCCAUACUAUUAUCAAUUUCAGCACUUUCAUGCUAUUGAUAAGCAAACAGUACGUAUCCAUUAUGGUUACAAAGCGCUAACAUUGGUUUUCGCACAGCAGUGCUCAUUUCUCUUUAUCACUUAAAGUGAAUUUAAGCUCAAUUAUUUAUUCACAGAUUUUUAUGUUCCGUGUUAGAACAUUCCAAAGCUAUUUAUUUAAGUAAAUAAUAUAUACAUGAGCCGCACCAUGAAAAAACUAACAUAGUGCGUUUGCGACCAGCAUGGAUCCAGACCAGCCUGCGCAUCCACGCAGUCUGGUCAGGAUCCAUGCUGUUUGCUUCCAAAGCCUAUUGCAAUUAGAGAAACUGUUAGCAAACAGCAUGGAUCCUGGCCAGACUGCGUGCAUGCACAGGCUGGUCUAGAUCCAUGCUGGUCGCAAAUGCACUAUGUUGGUUUUCUCAUGGCGCGGAUCACAUAGAUAACUUAGUCUGAAUGACCAUCAGGUUGGGUGUCAGUUAUCUGCUGUUAUAAGGUUGCCAUAGUACUGUCCAAUUAUAUCACCAUGUAGUAUUUAAACAGGAGUGACAAUACAUUUCUCAGACAAUAUGCUGCUCGGGAUUAUUUGCAUACAGAACGAAACUUUUGAGAGGCAGGACAAAAUCAUUUUGAUUUUUUCCCAAAAAAAUCUAAAAUAUAAGGAAUUAAUUUAUUCAUCAUAUGAACAUAUAUUUAACCUUUAGCCUGUUGGUGGCAAAUGGUUUUUCCUUUGUGACCAGUGCAGACCAAGAUCAGCCUGCAGACUGAUCAUGGUCUGUACUGUUUGCUACUCAGUCUAUAAAUUUUCAGGGAACACCCCUUUGAAUAAUAAGUGCUACAUCCAACUUGAAUGAUAGACAAGUACAUUAUAGAAAUUUAGCAGGGUAAAAGUUAAAGUAAAUGGAAAAAAAAAAAAUACUUGUAAAAUUUAUUGGUGUUUUGUUAAGGUAUGCAAAUUUCUGUAAGGUUUGCAAAUAGCAUGUUCCCAAAAUCGUUUCUCUUUUCUUUUUUGCUUAAAAAAUAAAGAUUUAUAGAUUUAAAAAACUCACUUUAUUUGAUAAAAUGUAAUUGAUUGAGGAAGGUAAAGAGAAAAAAAAUUCUUUUGAUACUUUUUUUUUUAAGAAUGGGAAUACCUGUAUUGUCAAAUAGAACACAGCAAGACUCUAUAAAUGAAAUUAUAGUAUAAUGAAAUACUAAUUUUAAUAUUUAGUUCAAAACAUUUCUUGAAUGAAAUGAAAGAAUACAUCAGCAUUUUCACUUUAGGUACUGUGAAAUCAGUUAAUUUUAUGGUCCUGAAAUUUGGUCUUUUCCUCCAAAGAACAGUUGUUUUAUGGGAAUAUGACUUGUGCAUUUCUGGUUUUGAACAUACAAGAAUGGAAUUUUUAUUUUGUUUAUUGGUAUUAAAUUUAAUUGGUUGAUGCUACCAUGAAAUCCACAAGUACUGGUUUUCACAAACAUUGAUGAUUUUGUAGAAUCCAAGCAAUUUUUGGGAGCCAUUGUGUUCAUUUUGGUAGAUAAAGGUGUAUAACAGAUUGACGAACAUUUUAGGAUGAUCUCUGUAUUUUGAUAUUAAUGAAGACAUAUUAUGUUUAAAUUGACUCUUACAAAGGUGAUCUUGGCGAUAUAUGACCAUUUUGUGUCGAUUUGCCGUAAAACCCAUUCACUCACUCACAAAGGUGAAGAGUUUCUCCUUUAUAUAUUAAUAUUAUAAAGACUAUUAGAAACAUAACUAACAGGUUGUUAGAUGUCUGUGUAGGGAUAAAAUACAUAAUCUUUAACAAACAUGUCCAUUUUUUUUUCUUUUGACCAUAUUUGCAGUGCUUGGUUGCUGGGUCUAUUUUACUGUUGUUUUUUUUUUUAACCUUUUUUAUGAAAUUGAAAAUGGAUCAUCCACAUAAGAAUUUAGUCUUUGAUAUAUGAGCCGUGCCAUGAGAAAACCAACAUAGUGGGUUUGCAACCAGCAUGGAUCCAGACCAGCCUGUGCAUCCGUGCAGUCUGGUCAGGAUCCAUGCUGUUCGCUUUCAAAGUCUAUUGCAAUUAGACAAACUGUUAGCGAACAGCAUGGAUCCUGACCAAACUGCACGGAUGCAUAGGCUGGUCUGGAUCCAUGCUGGUCGCAAAGCCACUAUGUUGGUUUUCUCAUGGCACGGCUCAGUUAUUACUUUUGAUACUAUAAAUCCUACAUUUAAAUAUUUCACUUGACAUUAACUGUAUCAAGACAUUUCUGCUUUACAGAUCAUCUUUUGUAAGUUUUAGAUUGGUACAUCUCCAUUGCACAGGUUACAGUCUAUGCUAUUUUUGUCUGUAUUUCUGCUACCAGUAUGUGUGUGUUCGUCUGUCUGUCUUGUUCACUAAAGCUAUUGCUUCCUGUUUGUGUUCCAUAACAUUAAUAUAAGGAAUCAGGAUUUUGUAUGAAAAUGAAAUAAAAACAAAUGUAAUAGAAUUUGUAAUAAAUUGACAAAACCAAA